AUGCCUGAUUCAGAAGACCCGCCCCCAUCGAGGGGCAACGGUGGAGAGGAUGGAGCGAGGGAACUGCCCGAUCAGAACAGCGAUGAUGUCCCGUUGCUCGAGGAGCAUGCCGGCGCGCCCUCGACGGGGACGGAGACAAACACGAAGCGGCACCGCACCGUCGUGCGCGAUACCUUCGAGGAUGGCUCCGACGCCAGCUCCAUAGAUGCCAGCUUGGUCGACACGUUGCCGCGACGAGUCGGGAGCCCCGUCGAUUCCCUUCCAUCGACACUCGGCGAGGCACCAUCCGUCCAGGUACGUCUCCCUCUCUUUCCCGACUCUCCCCUCCAGUCUAACCGACCAAAGGGCUCCCGCGUCUCGUCUCCGGGGAGCAGCAUCCUGCCCUCGUUCGCCUCUCGGCCCACGCCAGGCAGCCCGACGCCGACCUUUCGACCGUUCGACAGACGCUUCCAGUCCCGCAUCACCUCCUCGGCCUCGAAUUCCCCUCGUCCCUCGUCCCCCGCCUUCCUCUCCGCCCACAGCCGCAACGUGUCGCUGAGCUCCAACCUUGUCCUCGACCCGGCCGACAGCAGUACGACGACGGCCCCCUGGGAAGUCGUUCGCUGGACCCGCCUAAACAAGCUCAACAAGCAAGCCUUCUCCGAAGCGGGCCGUCGCAACUUUGGCUCGCCGACCUGUCUCGCCGUCUCGGCCUCGAUAGCGAUAGGCACGUCCAAGGGCAUAAUACUGCUGUUCGAUCAUAAUCAGGGCCUCAAAUUCAUCAUCGGCCCGGGUACCAAAGCCGUCGAGUCGGGAGCCGUGACGGCGAUUGCCGUCUCUGCUGAUCAUACGACCGUCGCCGGCGGACAUGCGAAUGGAAGCAUCUUCACCUGGGACACCGCCAAGGCGGCCCGACCCUUCUUGACCAUCCCUCACAUCGACGAGGCCCAGGCGCAAAGCCGGUCCGCCGACGGACAUGUCACCAACAUGGCCGUCGUCCACUUGGGAUUCCUAGGAACCAGACACACCGCCCUGGUGUCCGCCGACGAUCGAGGCAUGGCCUUUUCCCACCUCGCAACCCGAGGCACCGGAGCGCUCGGGAGGACGGUCAAGACGACAAGGAUCCUCGGUCGCUACCCCGGCAUGCCCACGCCGGCGGGCAAACCGCUCAAGCCGAGUACCGUCCUCGGCUUCGCAUCGCUGCCUCUGGGCAACGUGGAGCGAAAAACCGACGCCAUCGGCCUGACGGCCAUGCUCACCCCCUACUUGCUCGUCAUCGUCUCCACCACCCCGGUCGCCCAGACCCAGCACAAGUCCGCGAGACCAAAGGACGUGCCGGCACACAGCACCAUGACCGGCUGCCUUGCCUGGUUUCCCGCCGUCAAGCUCAAGGCGCCGGAUCCCCACACGGGCUCCGACCUGUCAAAGGUCAAGCUCGUCUACUGCUGGUCCAACGUCCUCACCGUCCUCGACGUCGAUGAAAUCGCCAACGAGAACAAGGACCACCCGGCGACGCUCAAGUUCAGAACCCGCAGCCGCUGGAAGUGCGAGGAGCCCCUCGUUGCCGUCCAGUGGCUCGGCCGUUCCGUCCUGGCCGUCCUCACCAUAUCGCAGAGGCUCAUCGUGCUGGAGGAUAGAAGCAUGCGAAUGACGGAAUCCUUCGACCUUCUUCAAAAGUUCAUCUACCACAGCGACCUCUUCUCGACCCAGCUCCACAGCUUGGUCGAGCAGCUGGACGAGGAAGACGAGUCGAUGCACGGCGUCGUCGCCGAUGCCUUUUACAUGAGUUUCAAGGCGUACAAGGGCAGGAUAUUCCUCCUCGGCUUCAGCGAGGUCUCGGUUGGUGCCCUGUCGAACUGGGCUGAUCGCCUCAUCGCCAUGAUGGAGGAUGGCGACUACAUUGGAGCCAUCCGUCUCGCAACCUCGUACUACACCGGCGACGCCGACAAGCUCACCGUCGGCUUGCCCGAGGACACGGAGCUUCGGCACUCCAUGGUGCAGGACAAGAUCGUGGAAAUCAUCACGGCCUCGCUCAAGUACGCCUUUGGCCAACGGGAGCGGAGCAGCGACGAGGCGGAUGACCAUCACCUGCGGCAGCUUGCCGAGACGUGCUUCACCGCCAUCCAGGCCAUCGGCGCCACCGAUUAUCUCUUCGACGACAUGUACGAGUGGUACGAGAGCGCCGCCGUCGAUGGAAUCUUCCACGAAACGCUGGAGCCCUACAUUCUGGAUGAAGCCAUCACGAUAGCGCCCCCCGUCGUCGUCAGGGACAUGGUUCGUCACUACGUCGCGAACGGGUGGGAGGGGAGGCUGGAAGAGAUGAUAUGCCACAUGCAAACGACGACGCUCGAUCUGGACCAGAUCACGCUCUUGUGCAAGCGCCAUAAUCUCUACGACGCCCUGACGUAUGUUUGGAACCAAGCGCUCGGCGACUACAUCACCCCCGCCAUCGAUCUGCUCGGCCUCCUGGUGCCGUUGAUGACCCACGACGGCGACGACGGCGAAGGCUACGACAGCGUCAAUGCUCUCAAAAUCUUCCCAUACUUGUCGUACGUCCUGACGGGAAGAGUGUACCCGAGGGGUGAAAUGAUGGAGGACGAUUCGGCGGCCAAGGCCAAGUCCAGUCUCUAUUGGUUCUUCUUCUCCGGCCAGACCGUUGAAUGGCCACGCGGCAGCAGCCGCCGGUUUCUGACACGCCCCGGCCAAGACUCGGAGCCGGCGUUCCCAUACCUCCGACUCAUCCUCAAGUUCGACGCGCCGAGCUUCCUGAGCGCCCUGAACGAGGCGUUCGAGGACAGCUUCCUGAACGAUUCUCCCGACAACCAGGCCACCGGCGGUUCGCGAAUGGAAAUGGCCGAGGAGCAGAUCUUUGGCCUGACCAUCAAUCGCCAGUACAUUCUCACCAUCCUCCUCGAUGUCAUGAACCCGGAGGACUUCGCACCCGAGGACACAAUCUACCUCGACAUGUUCAUCGCCCGCAACCUGCCCAAGUUUCCCCAGUACCUCCUCUUCUCCGGCUCGAUCCUUUCCAACGUUCUUUCGGGACUUUGCAACUACCCCGGCGACGACCUGGCGGAUGACGCGCAGCUCAGCGCCGAGUACCUCUUGUCCGUCCACCAACCCGCCGACAUGCCCGCUCUGAUGCCCUUGUUCAGGAGAGCCGGGUUUUACCGGAUACUGAAACACAUAUACACGACCGAAAAACAGUACGGGAAGCUCCUCACCACCUAUUUCGAAGACACCGAAGACCUUGACGCGGUAUUCGACUGCAUAUCCGGCUGCCUUCGUCCCCAAACCGGGCUGGACACCCGGCAGCUGCAAGAGGUGCUGCGCGUCGUCGAGGAGCACGCCAGGGAUCUGCUCCAGCUCAGCCCCAAGAGGGCCGCGGCCACCUUGGCCUCCCAAGACACGGCGGUUCACCGACACGCGAUCGAGUCUGCGCACGACAGGCCCGAUCUUCAGUAUUCGUACCUGAACUCCUUGCUGGAGCCCGAGAGGCCGACGGAACGCGAGGACAACCUGGACCAGGAUCUCGUGGAACGGUACGUUCAGCUCAUGUGCAAGUUCGACCCUCACCACGUCUCCGACUACGUGGGCGCGGUGCAGUCGAUCGACCUCCGGCUGGAGAACCUGUUGCCGACCAUGGAGGCGACAGGCGUCGUGGAUGCCGCCGUGGUGCUCAUGGCUCGCGGCGGGCAAGUCGCCAACGCCAUGGAUCGGCUCAUCCGUCAUCUGCACACGCUGGAAUCCGCCCUGCAAGGUCUCCUAGGCGGCGGCGACGAAAAGGGAACGGAUGAAGUGGAUAUCCAGGAGCCUGCGGAGGAGCUGCUCCACGGUCUGCAAAAGGGCGUUCACGUCGGCAUAUGGCUAUGCCAGGGGCAGACGAGGACGUCGAGGAGGGCAAACGUGGUGCAGAGGAAGCAAGUUCCUUCCAAAGAUGGCCUGUCGACCGACGAGGCGCUGUGGUUGAGGCUGAUCGAAGCCUGCGUCAGAGUCACCAAGAAUCUGUCGCCGGCCAUUCUCCAAGCCGUCGACGACGGCGCGGUCGACGAAGGAAAGCUGCCGACCCUUCUGCGGUCGUUGGUGCAGCACACCUUCACAUCGUUGCUCACCGCAACGUCCGACCAAGGGCACGGCGGGACCGAGGCCAAGCUCUUGUUCAGUACCGGAUCCAACCUGUCGUUCCUGCGCAUCCUGAGGGCAUUUCUCAGCCAGGCGGCCGCGUCGUCGCCGAACCUCGCCGACCUGCGCAGCGUUUUGUCGUCCAUCUUCUCGGCGUACGCGUACGAGGAGUCGAUACUGCGGCUGUCGAAUCGCCUCCUGGAGCGAAGCCUCUUCGUGAGCGUCGACCGAGCCGCCGAACUGCGACAGCGCGGGUGGCGACCCCGAGGGUCGACCUGCGAGGGUUGCGGGAAACGAGUCUGGGGCCCCGGCGUCGCGGGCGGUGCCGUGCUGGAGGCCUGGGAGAAGAACCAGGCGAUGGAGGAUUCGUCGAGAAAGGCCCGACAAGCGCGCGCCGCCGAGCGGGCCAGGGGCAAGCCGGGUGACGCCGCCGGCAAGGGCAAGGGCAAGAGCCUCGACACGCGGCCGUUGAGCAGGCACACGGAGACGGAUGGAGCGGAGGCCGGCCGCGAGGCGCCGCUGGAGCCGUUGGUAGUCUUGGCCUGUCGACACAUUUACCACCGGAGCUGCCUCGAGUCACUGCAGGAGAAGCAGGUGCAUUCGGUUGCGGGACGGGAGAGGGAGUACAGGUGCCCGAUUGACGGCGACGUGCGGAGAAUGUAG